AUGUCGUCUCUGGAGGAUCUCUUUGGCAAACUUGCCAUGACCACGGUCAACACCGUCUCCCGCAUUGCCAUCAGUCAUGCUACCAAUGCUGCCAUUCGAGGAGUGACCACAUACAUAAAACAAAAGCCAAAAGACAACACAACAUCACGGGAACUCACUUCAUUGCAACGACAAUUCGAUCUCAAGAUCAAAAACUUGAAGCCCACGAUUGAUGUUAUUGCCCAUAGCGUGGCUGAUGGAAAUCAGGAUUUGCAACCUGCUUUGGAGAUGUGCAACGACCUUCAGCGAGAGAUUGACGACUUUGCAAAUGAGAUGCAGGAUUCAAAAGCCAACAACACGGAUGAAUACGUGCGACAACGUCUACGCCAUCUUUUGAAUCACAUUGACGACACCGUUCCAUCAUUGUAUCUUGCAUUGCGCAACAUCCCCAGCAAGGCAUCCUUGCCAUUAUCUCGCCUUUUACAAGCAUCAACAGUGCUACAACAGCCAUCACCAUCUCAGCCGUUUUAUCUACGAUUGUACUCUCUCUUUGCAGCGAGUGCAUCAGGUGUGUUGUCAUGGAAAGAAGAAUAUCCAAAAUGUCAGCUGGUGAUUCAAAAGGCAGGCGACGACGACGACGACCCUUUUGCUCGUAAGCUGGUGAUCACUGAAGACUUGGAUGAUGGUCGAUUUCAUGAAGAAGGAGAGAAGCCACAUACUUUGACAUUGGAUAUGGAGCAUUUGAAGCGCAUGUAUUAUACCCGGAGUGGCACGUUACUCAAUUUGGAGGAUUCUCGUGAAGCUGUGCUUGUACUCAAGGUCCUAAAGAAAACGCCAUCAGCUGAAGACAAGGAUUCUGCUUCUUCUAGUCCGCAGAUCAAAGCCAAAGAGAAGGAUCCUAAGAUUGAAAGAGACGAGCUUCAAGAAGCUGAUUGGUACGCACUUGAGAUAUGGAAAAAUGGUGAUGCCAAUGAUGAUGAAGAAGAAGAUGAAGACGACGAGGAGGACAAGGAGGACAAGAAGAAGAAGAAGGAUGGCAAAGACGUCGCCAAGAAGAAAAAUACCACCAACGGCAUGGAAGAAAAGUCGCUCUUGCUAUUGGAAUCUGUCAUCAAGCUAUCGCUACUUGAAAUAACCGAACGCAUGGAUCAUCUCAGGGCAUCCGAUGAUUUGAUUCGUCUUUAUAUGGAAGAAUAA